AUGACGAACGUGUCAAGUGAAGCAAGCGCCGUAUCGACCGCGCUCAACGCUAUCACCCGCGCACAAGCGCGGAAGAUCCUCGCAACGCCGCCGGAUCCAGCGUCGGACGCGUCGUCCUGGGCUUCCCGGACGCUUAUUCAACCUGCUGGUCACGUCACUCCUGCGGCGACCACAGCGAACUUCGCGCCGAGAGUGUCGGCGCGUCCAAUCGACAAUACCCAAGUGUCGGAGUUCGUUCUACAUCGCCAGGCACUCACGCGAUUCGUUCGUGACGCACUGCAAGCAGCGGUUGACAAGCAGAAGGAGAACGCAGACAAGCGCGGCAGGAAGAACAAGGCCAAGUUCACGACAGGAGAGCGUGUGCUCCUGUCGACGGACGGUAUACGAAACUCGGCAAUAACCAACCUCGGCGCGAGCAAGCUCGCACCACGCUUUAUUGGACUGUUCAAGAUUACGAAAGUAUUGGGCGAUGCCUACACACUAGACAUACCGACGUCGUUGAGACUACACCCGACGUUCUACGUUGGGCGACUGAAGAAGUACUUCCCAGGUACGAUCCCUGCGACGGCUCAGACGGCUGAGCCGGAGGCGCGUGGGUCGUCCGUCCCUCGCGGAGUACGCGCUGUCGCAUCGAACCAUCCGAUCCAGGUACACGCUCCCGAGCCUGCGCUCCAGUCUGCACGCGACCGUGAAUCGCGCGUUCCAGUGUCCGCACCCGCUCCAGCAACUCCCGAUUCGACUGCCGCAGAGCAGUCGCGGUGUGCGACGCCUCCGACGACUGUUGCAGGGCGAUGUCAAUAUCCCGCUGAGAGUCCCAGAACUGGUUCACCAGUGUGUCAUCGUCUUGGCCAACCAGGACGCGAACGUUAUCAGCGCGACGGUCCACCUCCCAUUGUUGACGCUGCUGGUGAUCUCCGCUGGAUUGUCGAUCAUAUCGUGAGUCAUGAAGAUCCUCCACGAGCAUUGGCUCGCGGGCGUGCCGGCCGGACGAUUCCGACCACUCGCCGUUAUAGAGUCCGCUGGCUUGGCUUCUCCCCGAAGGACGAUACGUGGGAGCUCCGCGCCAAUCUCCUCCGGGACGUUCCGGAUGUGGUUCAGGAGUACGAGACGAAGAUUGCCGUGGCCAAUAACCAGUCCGAUACGUACGCGAGCGCGAACGAGAUCGUCGCCCACGCGCUGGAGAACAAGUUCGGCGACGCGAGCGAUCGCGUGAACGUGAACGCGACCGAGAUCCAAGCUCGCUUCUCAGCGAACCAGCUUCCCGUCGGGAACGGCCGCGUGAGCGCGACCGAGAGCGCGCGUGGCCAGCAGAGAUACCUCGACGCGUUGGCGGAGAGUUGCUCCGCUGGAAACGCCGCCGGCGCGAGCCCGCGGUGUUAA